GAAUUUUCUCGAGUCUUUUCAGUCUUUACGCUACAUCACGGGAAUUGUCAACGGAACAGCGGGAGAAGCCUAAUUGACACUACAAAAAGUACAGAUUACACUUAGUAUCUAGUUGGGCACUAAGAUGACGUGCAGCAAACUCGAUGCAUUAGUUUUAGUUACGUUAUUAUUAAUAGUAUCGGUCGAGUGCGGUCCUAAAUACGAUGGAGGAGAUUUCGCACCAAGUCCUUCGGGCUACAUGAAAAAAUCGGAAAAGGCACAGGAUCAAAUUGCAAUGGCAUCUCAAGUAAGAAGCGAGUCUAAAGCAUCGACCACGAAGCGUGGGAGUACCGAUGCUAAUGAAAUUUCUGAUCGUAAUCAAGAACCUCGAUUUGGAUUUACUAAUAUCGGUGGAACGGGCACAGGUUAUGGUGUCAGCAGUUACGCACCAGCAAAAAUAGAUUUGGGUGGAGUUUUGUUAGGGGCUGUUAUAGGUGUAGGAUCUAUUCUUAUCAUUCCAAAGUUGCUCUAUGUACUCUCUGGUAGUUACGGAGCAUAUGCAAGAAGUGAAGAUGGAAGUAUUUCACAGACAAUGACACGUCUAGACGAUAAGCUUGCCCAGUUUGGUAUAGAUACAACAUCAUGUAUGCAGCGAGUUGUGUGCACGUAUGCGCAACAAGCUGCUGCUGCGGUAAACGGAAUUGAUAAUGAUGAAGAUGAAGAGAAAAUAUCAUCCUUUGACAAAAUAGUAAACACCAUUACUACGAAUCAGAUGUUCCAUACUGCUAUGCAAGGUACAGCGGUUCAGGAAGCUGUAGAAGCUGGUAGAUCAGGAAAGAGUUGUGGUCGUGUGUAUCACCAUUGUGGAUUUUCAAUGGAAACUAUGCUGGCGCUUCUUGCAAACGCUGCUACUGUUUUUACAACACCAACUGCACGACCAACUGCGCCUUCUGCUCCAUUGUAACAUCGAUAUUUUUAGGCAUGCGAAAUAGCGGUAAUGAUUUUUUCUAUAAUUUCAUAUAUUAUUAUGAGGAAUAUAUUUAUGGCCGUUUACUGUAUGUAUCAUUAUAAUAUUAUAUUUCAAUAUUGACAUGAUGACUAAUGAAGGGAAUUUCAUGUUCAUCUACUACGUUAACUCCAACAAAUACAUCUCGUAACCUUUAUGUUUCAACUACAUACAUUUUAUGUUAUUAGUAAAAGGAUUAUGUAGCAACUACGUCAAGGUUUCAUUAAUAUGGCAAAUAUGGCAUAGAAAUGUAAAAAAAAUUCCAGUGUUGCACUUCAAUUGGACGUUACUGUAUGUAUAUAGAGACUAAGAAAAGUAAAAUAUGCUUUUGUGUAAAGCGAAAGUUUGUCAUAAAAUUUUCUUACGUUCAAUAAACUACAUUCGUCAAAAGCAAUAAAUAUAUGUAUUUGAGAGACUAGAUUUACAAUAUGGUAUAGUAUGAACGUGAUGAUUCACAUAACUCAUAGAUAUUCGUAUUUCUUUCAUGACACUACAAAGUUAAAUAAAACUACAAAUUUUUAAC